UCCUGCAGCAGCAGGACACGGCCCGGCCCUGCGGUGACCCCUGCGGCUGCGGGGCUCAGCCCCAUUGUCCUGCUGUCACCGCGCUGGCGCUGCUGCUGCUGCCGGUGUCGCAAUGUUUGCCCCGCUGCGGGUGCCAGGCUGGCAGCAGAGGGGAGCAGGGUAUAAAAGUGGGAGAGAGCCCGAGCUCAGCAGUCUGGUCCGAGAUGGCCAAGCUGACUCUGCUCGCCGGCCUGGCCGUGCUGCUGAACGCCCACCUCGGCUCUGCCUAUGUGCUGACCUGCUACUUCACCAACUGGGCCCAGUACCGGCCUGGGGAGGGCAGGUACACCCCUGAGAACAUCGACCCCAACCUGUGCAGCCACCUGAUCUACGCCUUCGCUGGCAUGAGCAACAACCAGAUCACCACCUACGAGUGGAACGAUGAGACCCUCUACAAGUCCUUCAACGGCCUCAAGAACCAGAACAGGAACCUGAAGACCCUGCUGGCCAUUGGAGGAUGGAAUUUCGGCACAGAGAAGUUCACCACCAUGGUCUCCACUCCUCAGAACCGCCAGACCUUCAUCAGCUCCGUGGUCAGGUUCCUGCGGCAGCACGGCUUCGACGGGCUGGACCUGGACUGGGAGUACCCCGGCUCCAGGGGCAGCCCCGCCCAGGACAAGGCUCUGUUCACUGUCCUGGUUAAGGAGCUGCUGGCAGCCUUCGAGCAGGAAGCCAAACAGACCAACCAGCCCCGGCUCAUGGUCACGGCUGCUGUGGCCGGAGGACUGUCCACCAUCCAGGCUGGCUACGAGAUCGCUGAGCUGGGCAAGUACCUGGAUUACAUCCACGUCAUGACCUACGACUUCCACGGGCCCUGGGACGGCUCCACGGGCGAGAACAGCCCCCUGUUCAGCAGCGGCACCCUCAGCGUGGAAUACGCCAUGAACUACUGGAAGAACAACGGUGCCCCAGCUCAGAAGCUGCUGGUGGGAUUCCCAACCUACGGGAAAACCUUCACCCUGCAGAACCCAUCCAACACGGCCGUGGGAGCCCCCAGCUCCGGCCCUGGCCCUGCUGGGCCCUACACCCAGGAGGCUGGACUCCUGGCUUACUAUGAGAUCUGCAGCUUCCUGAGCUCUGGAGCCACCCAGGCCUGGGAUGCCCCUGAGGAUGUUCCUUAUGCCUACAAGGGCAGUGAAUGGAUUGGAUACGACAACGUCAAGAGCUUCAGCCUCAAGGUGGAUUGGCUGAAGAAGAACAACUUUGGAGGUGCCAUGGUCUGGACCAUCGACCUGGAUGACUUCACUGGCAACUUCUGCCACGAGGGCAGAUACCCCCUGAUCUCCACCCUGAAGAAGGGGCUGGGGCUGUGAAUGUGCAGCUGCAGGAGCUCAGCACAGCCCAGUCCUCACAUCCCUGGGAGAUCCUGAUCCUGAUCCCAUUCCAGCUCAGCAAUCCCUCUGAUCCCACUGCACACAAUGAAUGAUCCAAUAAAGCUUUAGGCAAAACCAACUUCCUGCUUCGCCUCUUUUUUUGUCCUUUAGAUUUUGUUGCUUCCUGCAGUGAUAUCAAACA